ACUUAGGGGCAGGGUUAUGAUUUCGGAGUAUGAAAAUAUGAUUUCGGAGAAAUGUCGAUCCGCGCAUGCGUAAAGCAGGUCAAUGCCAAAAUCCUGUAGGAAAAAUAUAGUCGCGACUCCUUGUCGCACCCUGGAUGUACAUCAACGCACACGAGCCCGGUAUAUGCAAUUUCCACACAAACGUUAUUUGCCCAAUGAUUAUUUGGAGCUAGUUUUCUAUUACACAUCUUUUGUUUUGUCGCAAGUGACUAAACUUAGAUGAACUCUCAAAGAAACAAUUGGCUUGAUCGUUUUCCUUCCCUGUCACGUGGUUGCUAAGAAAUCUGCAGGCUAAGGCUGGUGGCCUCGUUCACUUUUUGUCGUGUUUAAAAUCAGUUGCUCCCUGUCACAUCGAUAUGGCACGCAGGUCAACUACCAGCCGUAUAGAAUUCACGCAUGAACUUGACGAAACAACUGAAGUUUGGCAAGACUGCGGAACAGAAGAGAGUCGGGGAAAGCAAGUCCAAGGGCUUAAAGAAAGGAGUCAUUGUCACAAAUGGCCAGAUGAAUCGCGUCUGGACAAGAAAGCAAGAAAGCGGCUGCUCAUCGCUAGCUUCCUUUGUCUCAUCUUCAUGGUCGGGGAGCUCGUUGGUGGCUACUUUGCGCACAGUCUGGCUGUGAUGUCCGAUGCUGCUCACCUGCUGACCGAUUUCGCCAGCUUCAUGAUUGGUCUAAUGGCUUUGCAUCUUUCGAGUCGACCGUCUACAGCGCGAUUCAAUUUCGGCUGGUACAGAGCAGAAGUUCUUGGUGCACUGUUGUCCAUUAUAAUGUUAUGGACAAUAGCUGCUGUGCUGGUGUAUUCCGGUGUUCAGCGCAUACAAAAUGAAAACUACAAAAUUGAUGCCACGAUCAUGCUGAUUACGUCUGUUACUGGUGUUGUUUACAAUAUCAUUAUGGCUAUAUCUUUACAUCAGCACGAUCAUGGACAUGGCCACAGUCACAGUCACAGCAGUUCACAACGUGAGAGGUCCAUGUCCACCACCUCUCUAUUAUCACCAGAUAAUGGCUACGCCAUUGGUGACCACUAUGGCAGCAUGACAAGAACAGAAAAUAACCAUACCCAGGUACCAUCGAGCCAAAGUCCCAAAAAAACUUCGAACAUAAAUGUCAGAGCUGCUUUCAUCCAUGUCUUGGGCGAUCUGUGCCAAAGUGUGGGAGUCCUAGUGGCUGCUAUCAUUAUCUAUUUUAAGCCUGAAUGGAAGAUAGCAGACCCCAUCUGUACGUUCCUGUUUUCCAUUUUUGUCCUCGUUACUACUUUGAACAUUUUGCGCGACAUCACAUUGAUACUCAUGGAGGGAACCCCACGGAGCAUAAGGUUCGAAGAAGUGAGGCAUGCCUUACUAAACCUAGAAGGUGUCCAAGAUUUACAUGAUUUAAGGGUGUGGUCUCUCACCUUAAACAGGGCAGCUAUGUCUGUCCAUCUUGUCAUAAGAGAUGGGGUGAGUCCUCUGCAGAUUGUGAAAACGGCUACCUUCCUGAUCCAAGACAAGUUUAACAUAAGCCAGACCACUAUUCAAGCAGAGGAGUAUGCACAGGAAAUGGAAAGGUGCGUCCAGUGCCAGGAACUUAGAAGUUAGAGGAGCAGAACGGCAGACAGCAGACUCCAACACCACACGCUUGUACAUGAGAGCCCAAGUUGAUUUUUCUCGGUUCAGACUCAGCUACUUCAUAACCACUAGCACUCCUCGCACCUUACAAUCUGUAUACAUUAUUGAUAAGGUCUGUUUGUGGUGCCUGAAAUGACAGUUGAUGUGACCGCCACGUCCGGCAGCAAAAACAUUAACAAGUCGGCGAAGGGUGGCAUCAUCGUUUGACAUCAUCUUUUUUUUUCUUUUUGUAGAUCUCUUUUAAGUUAAUUGUCUGUUGUUUUCUAAAUCUGUGAGUCCUACUCAUGUACUUUAUCUUUAUGUUGUUGAGUGUGCCUAGACAUAUCUCACCACUGUCUGUUAUCUAAUGUUCAGUUAUCAUUACUAGUCAGAGAAGUGCGACCUAUAUUGGUCGUGAUACCGUGCUAUACAAGUACAUGUAUACUUAUUAUUAUUAUUAUUAUUAUUAUUAUUAUUAUUAUUAUUUCCUCUUUCUUCCUUUUUUAUUCACAAUAAUGAAUGCAUCUGAAAACAUGUACAAAGUGAAUUUGCUUACAAAGCUUACAACGCUAAGAUUAUUGAGUCACUUGCUAAACAGCAUGAAUGAUUGUUAACUUUCUGAUGACAAGAGAAAAGGAAGUGUAUCCCAGUGACUCACAAGGAAAACUGUUACAAUAUAAAGACAUCGGCGGCAUUUAAAAAUUAAGAAGUUGAAAUAUUAGACCUGCUUACUGCUGCGGAUUUUCCAUGGCAGCUACAGGAUUUAGAUAGCUGACGACAGAAGUACAGCCGAGUGCUGAGAAUUACGGAUUUCCUGUAAUGAAAACCACGAUUGCUUGUACGUCGAUGAAAGUGCAGGAUGUACUAAACUUCCGAGAAUGAGCACGUGACCAGUUCUGGUAAGACAACUAGAGCCAUUGUAAUAGCGCACAAAAUGAUUCAAAAUUAAAUUUCUUGGAAAGUCA